UCCUGGACAACAAUUACUUGGUGUCAAUGAGAACUGUGGUAGCGGUUCUGUUAUUCACGAGAUUGGUCAUGCAGUAGGACUACCUCACGAACAUAGUAGAACUAACCGAAAUAGGUUCAUACAAGUAUUUGGAAAAAACAUAAGGAGGGACUCAAAAAGGGAUUUUAGUAAGUGUCUUAUACUAUUGAUCAGCUCCCAAAAAAUAACCUUAUUUUGUUUAAAAUAUGGUAGUCAGAUAGUAAUCUGACUACCGUAUUAUAAACAAGUGUGUUAUCAAGUGUUAACAAUGCAUAAAAUAUCAACGCCCCGUAAAUGAACGACAUGAGAAAAUCUGCCAGACUUCCUGCCAAUUGCUCGCAACUUUUCAUGCGACCUAUGUUAAAACCAGACAGUAUGUUAAAUAACUUUAUUUGAUUUUCAGAAAUUUAACCAGAAGGUAAAAAUUCGCUCUUUAAGCAGAUAGUGCUAUUUUAAGCAGAUAGUGGUAUUUGGAACAAAUUUUUAGCUUUCGUUGACGUCAUAAAAAAGUGCUGCCAUAAGCAAAAAAUUAUUGCUCCAAUUUUGUUCCUUUUUACUAUAAGCUUGCUAAAUUUUAUUCAAUUUAGACAGGUCUAUAAAAAGUAAUUAGUGGAGAGGGGGCGGAACCCACACUCCUUGGCAUACUAUGUUUGAAAACUUGCAGACCGAGUUGUGUUAAGGUCUAGUUUUUCUAUGUCUUUGUAUUUGUAUCUAUGUAUUUGUCUAGAACGUGUUGAAUCCGAGGAUGUGGACAUCGUUGAUUACGCCUAUGACUUUUGGUCAAUUAUGCAUUAUGGGCCAAUGGUUUCUUCAAAAAACGGCCUUCCAACAAUUAAAGUGAAAGAGAAAUAUAGCCAUCUAAAACCUAAACUGGGACAACGGAAGUCAUUGUCUUACCUCGACAUCGCUAAAGUAAGAUCCAUGUACAACUGCAACCAAAUUCCAAGCGCAGAGAGCAAUAAUGUUUGUGUUAGCAAGGCUACCAAAGGUCGUGAUUACAGAGGCAAGUUAGAUUACACAGAAGAAGGAGUGAUGUGCCAACCGUGGAACAAGAAGUAUCCACAUUCUCAUGACUACGAUUUGUCUGACAAAGACGAUGGGCUUGGGGAGCAUAACUAUUGUCGCAACCCAGGUGGUGAAAGAGAGCGACCAUGGUGUUUCACAACUCUAAUGCAUACCAAAAAGCAAUACUGUGAUCUGGAAAUGUGUGUCGAGUAGUAUCAAAGUUGGAAGAGCAAAAGCUAAUAAUAUGCGCAAAUGAUCGUGGAACACUUAGCAUUUUCUUCUUUAUUUAAGAAAUAAUUAUUUGUGAAUUCGUCAAAAACAAUGCUUGAAAAUAGACAAAAUUCAGCGUUAAAAGUCUAUUUUAUUUUCCGUGGCUGUUUUUUAGUAACGUUUUUACCAAGAGCAAAGUCUCUCAUAUCACCUUAAUGCCAUGAACAAUUGGGUCAGGAAAAUGUAAAAACCAAAAUAAAAACUUGACCAUUACUUGAAUAACUACUAAAGUUCUUGAUAGUCAUUUUCAAGCAAACUCAUUGAACUUCAGCGACGGUAGCAAAUUGAAUAUGUCUCGCACGUGAAAAAAAAUACUUUACAUCUCAAGUUGCAUCUUCAAUAACUGUUUUAUUGUGUAUUUCUUCUUAAAUAAUUUUUUAUUCUUUUAAGCAUCAUUGAAAAACGUUUUUACAAAGUGUGACCGAUCUUAACGAAAACCAACUUUUUUUGGACGGUCCUCGAAAGGGCUGAGUAACGGCAGCAAAAGAGAGGCACAACAAAGAAGAGCUCACAACAAAAUCCUAACGAAUUCCAUAUUAUAAUAAAUCUUGUCUGAGAAUGUGUACACUCAAAAUA